CUCGUGCAGAGCGGUCCGUGUUUAUUUUGGCAGUGUCUGGCGUGCGGGAUAGCUGAUCAAUUAGUAUUUAUUAUUUACUUUCGCUGCCCGCCCCACUUACAGAGCCGCGCCUGAAAUAAAGCAUAGGGCCGUGAAACUUAGCUGCUUGCUUUACUGUUCGUCUGUGGGCUUCUACGUACCCCAGCUGCGUUGCAAUGGCUGUGCGAUUUAUGGAUAUGUUAAAACUCACCUUUAAGGUGCUCAGCUUUAAGUACGAACAGCGUCGCCUGACCACAGCGAUCUACUCGGUGGUGAAGACGCAGCUGGGCACAGUGCGUGGGGUGAAGCGGAAUACCAUAUGGGGUGGCAGCUAUUACAGCUUCGAGAAAAUACCCUUUGCCAAGCCGCCGUUGGGUGAGCUGCGCUUCAAGGCGCCGGAGCCGGUGGAGCCAUGGGAUCGUGAGCUGGACUGCACCUCACCCGGCGAGAAGCCGCUGCAGACACAUCCAUUCUUUCGCAAAUUCGCUGGCUCUGAGGAUUGCCUGUACUUGAACGUAUAUGCCAAGGACCUGCAGCCGAACAAGCUGCGUCCUGUGCUGGUCUGGAUCUACGGUGGCGGCUACCAGGUGGGCGAGGCCUCGCGGGACAUGUACAGCCCCGACUUCUUUAUGUCCAAGGAUGUUGUAUUGGUGAGCAUAAGCUAUCGAGUGGGCGCUCUGGGCUUCCUCAGCCUCGAGGAUCCGGCACUUGAUGUGCCUGGCAACGCCGGCCUCAAGGACCAGCUUAUGGGUCUGCGCUGGGUGCACGAUAACAUUGAAGCCUUUGGCGGAGAUCCCAGCAAUGUGACGGUGUUUGGUGAGAGCGCAGGCGGCGCUUCCACACAUCUGCUCUCGCUCAGCCCCCUAACGGAGGGUCUGAUGCACAGGGCCAUCAUCAUGUCAGGGAGCGCGCUGUGUCCUUGGACGCAGCCGCCAAACAACCAGUGGACAUAUCGACUAGCCCAAAAGCUGGGCUACACGGGCGAGCAGAAGGAUCGCGAAAUAUUUCAGUAUUUGCGCGCUGCCAAGGGCGGAGACAUUGUGAAGGCCACGUCCCAAGUGCUUAACAAGGAGGAGAAACACCACCGCGUUCUGUUUGCUUUUGGCCCGGUUGUCGAGCCUUACAAAACGAAGCACACGCUAAUCGGUCAGUCGCCCUAUGAGCUGAUGCAGCAGACCUGGAGUCGGCGUAUUCCCAUGAUGCUUGGAGGCACCAGCUUCGAGGGGCUACUCUUCUAUCCAGAGGUCAUGCGUCGUCCUGCCACAUUGGACGAGGUGGGCGACUGUCAGAAUGUGCUGCCCCUUGAUCUGGGCGCGAAUCUGGACCCGAAGCUGCGCGAGAGCUAUGCACGGCAGCUAAAGCGCGCCUACUUCGGGGAGGAGUCGUGCAACCAGGCCAACAUGAUGAAGUUCCUCGAGCUGGAGUCUCAUCGCGAGUUCUGGCAUCCCAUCUACCGCACAGCCCUCUCUCGACUGCGCACGGGCAGCGCUCCCACCUAUCUGUACCGCUUCGAUCAUGACUCCAAGCUCUGCAAUGGCAUACGCAUUGUGCUAUGUGGCAAUGAGAUGCGUGGCGUUUGCCAUGGCGACGAUCUCUGCUACAUUUUCCACAGCAUGCUGUCAAAUCAAGCAGCUGCGGGCUCACCGGAGCACAAAAUCAUCUCCGGCAUGAUCGAUAUCUGGACGAGCUUUGCGGCUAAUGGGGAUCCCAAUUGCGAGAGCAUCAAGCAGCUCAAAUUUGCGCCAUUGCAGGACGAGACACACGUCGAGUGCUUGAACAUUGGACAGGACUUUGAGGUCAAAGCGCUGCCCGAGCUGGCAAAAUUGCACCUCUGGGAUGGCUUCUAUGCUAGAAACAUACUUUGAGCUAGUCUAGUUGUGGGUUGUAAUUGGUUUUAUAGCUUUAGCUAACAUGAAUUUAAGGCCUUGCUUUUAAUGUACAUAUGUUGUGUGUAUAUAUAUGAUAUAUCCUACGAGAAUUAGUUUUUUUAAUGUUUUGUAACAACAAGUUGUGCUUAUUAAAGCUUGGUUUAUUUCGAGCAAAUA